AAGCAUUGUUAAGGAAAAUGUAUUGAGUGAUAAGUACAAUGUUCCAAUGACAUUCCAGAGCAAAGGCCUGACAUUUUGUGCACUAGUUUGAGUGCUGCACAGAAUAGGGAAAAACAUGAAGGCAAAAUUGCCCAGGACCCUGAGUUGAACUCUUUUUGAAGUACUGCAUGGCAUCACUUCCAUCCACCUGACACAUGGGUCCUUUCUCUUCCAGAUGAUCAGCAUUAACUUAUCAAGCCUUUUGAAUUGUGCUUAAAACUACAACCUUCUGAUGAAGAGGCAAUAGUCAUAGAAUUAUACAGCAUAGAAACAGGCCUUUUGGCCCACUGCAUCUGUGGUAUUGGUUUAUUAUUGUCACUUGUACCGAGGUACAGUGAAAAACUUGUCUUGCACACUGUUCAUACAGAUCAAUUCAUUACACAGUGCUUUGAGGUAGUACAGGGUAAAAACAAUAACAGAAUACAGAGUAAAGUGUCACAGCUAUGGGGAAGUGCAUUGCAGGUAGACAGUAAGGUGCAAGGUCAUAACAAGGUAGACUGACUAAUUACUCAGUAUGCUGACUAAUCCCACUUGCCUGCAUUAGUUCCAUAUCCCUCUGCCCUCCUCAUUUCAAGUACCUGUUCAGAUGCCUGUUAAAUGUUAUUACAGUUCCUGCCACCACCAACUCUGGCAGCUCAUCCAGAAACCAACUACUCUUUGUGAGAAAAAAUUGCCCCUCGGAUCCACUUUUAAACCUCUUCCCUCUCACCUCAAACCUAUGCCCUCUAGUUUUAGAUACUCCUUCCAUAAGAAAUGUACACUGGAUAUCUACCCUACCCAUGCCUCUCAUAAUCUUGUGUACCCCUAUCAUGUCAGUUCUCGGCCUCCUUCACUCCAAGGAAAAUGUUCCUAGCAUAUCCAGUCUCUCCUGAUUAACUCAAGCCCUCCAAUCCAGGUAAUAUCCUUGUGAAUCUUUUCUGCACCCUUUCUAGCAUUACCACGUGCUUUCUAUAGUGUGGUGACCAGAACUACAACUGUCACCUGUCAUCCCAACCCUUGUACUCAAUGCCUCUGCCAAUGAAGGCAAGCAAGUCAUAUGCCUCCCUCACUACCCUGUCUAUCUGUGUGUCAGUGUUCCCAUUUUUGGGGAAUAUGUUCUUGUACCCCUGGAUAUUUCUAUUAAACAACACUUUCCAGGUCCCUGCAAUUCACUGUGUAUGUCCUGCCUUGUUUUAACUUCCCCUAAAUGUAUCACUUCACCCUUGUCUGAGUUAAAUUCCAUCUGCCAUUCCCAGUUGAUCUGUACUCUGUUGUAACCUCAGACAACCUUCUUCACUGUCCACUAUACCACUAAUUUUGGUGUUGUCUACAAAAUUACUAACCAUGCCACCUACAUCCUUAUACAACUCAUUCACAUAUAUGACAACAGAGGAUCCAGCACUGACCUCUGCAGCACACCACUGGUCACAGGCCUCCAGUCUGAAAAAUAACCCUCCACUACCACCCACUGUCUUGUACCACCAAGCAAAUUUUGUAUCCAAUUUGCUAACUCACGCUGGAUCCCGUGUGUUCUAAUUUUCGAGAACAGCAAACCAUGUGGGACCUUGUCAAAGGCCUUGCUAAACUCCAUAUAGACUACGUUUAUCACCCUGACCUCAUCGAUCCUCUUGAUUACCUCUUCAAAAAAAUUCAAUCAAAUUAGUGAGACAUGAUUUCUCAGGCACAAAGCCAUGUGGACUAUCCCUAAUCAGUCCUUGCCUUUCCAAAUACACAUACAUUCUAUCUUUUAAGAUCCCUUCCAAUAACUUUCCCACCACUGAUGUUAGGCUCACCAGCCUGUAGUUUCCUGGCUUCUCCCAGCUGCCCUUCUUAAAUAAAGGCACAACAUUAGCUAUCCCACAAUAGUGUCACCAACUGAACUACAGUCAAUGUAUCCGUUCAAAAAGACAAACAAAUGCAGCUUAAAUGGGUGAAGAAUAAUAAUUAGUCCUCCUUGGGGACAAAAGGAAUAUAAGAAUAUAAUUCCUGAAUAUUUUAAAACAGAACUGAAUGGAAUUGGUGGGUCUGAACAGUUCUGUCUGUUAAAACAGGAGAAGGUUACAAAGGGACAUCUUUCUAAGUAAGCAAAACUUAAUUGAAAUGCAACUGAGGGAGGUUUUCAUGCUUAAAAUUGUAAACUUAUGGAAAACUGCCCACCUAGUUAGUUGAAUCUGAUUGAGGUUGGCAUGGCUACCUCAUCAAUUGAAUGCAGACAGGACUGGCACAGCUAUUCAGUCCAUUGAAUGAUAUACUAAGUUGGCAUAGCUACAUAGUAAAUUGAAUAGGGACUGGGCUGCAUAGAUUGCCACCUGGUGUAUUGAAUAGGGACUGAGUGAAAGUGCCUGUCAUCUACUGCAGUUGGGGAAAGUGUGUCAUCUACAACAGUGAAGUAUUCAAUUGUAGCAUUGAAAUUAUAACUUCCUGAUUAUACAUAGAGUGGAAUGAUUGGCAUUUAGUCGAGACGGAAAUUAACCUUAUUGAAGGGGUCCUAUAUAUUUUGAAUGUUAUUUUAUUCUAGCACUUUUUAUAUCAUUUUAAUUUGCUUAAAGGAACUUUGUGGCAUUUUGUCAUGGCGGUCUCGUUGCUCAGGCAGUAAAUGAAUCACUCGGCGCUAAUCCUUGUCCAGCAAAGGCACAUUAUAGAGGAGGGAAAUACUUUUUAUGCAAUCCUGUGUCCGACCGAAACGAUCUCAAACUUUCCAGAUUAGUCCAAUCAAAAAGCAAGACAACCCUUGGGAAUACUUUAUGACCAAGGAUCGGGAACUAUACCCAAACUUGCAGACCACUUCCUGAGACAGACAAGAGAAACAAACAAAAAAAUUGCUAACACUUGCAAAUAUGUUAUUUUCUUGACUAGAAAGCCUCAGCGAAGCGUGAUUUACUGCAGGAGAGCAUAAAAUAUGCAAACGUAGUUAGUUUUUUUCCGCUCUGUUGUUGAUUUCAUUAAGGAACCUAAGACGGAAUGUCUUACUGGCGUGAGAAUGCAACCUCUUAACCACUGAUCUGAAACCAAUGUGAACUUUGCAAGAAGACUGACCAGAACCUCCGUACCACCUGGAGACUUCUUGCUCAGAGAAGUUAGCUUUCUGGAUUUUUUUUUGGUCUGGUGGGGAGGGAAAGGGCGAGACACUGUUUGACACUGAGGGAAACCGGUGGGUGAAGCGCUGUUUCGGUUUGUAAACUGCAUGUGUGAAUACAAUCGGAACUGCGGGACAGAAUCCGGCACCAUGUAAGUGACAGAGGUACCAGAGACCGGGGGUGACAACUAUCCAUCGCAUCGCCUGGAGGGGAACUGACUCGCCCCCAAAAUUUGUGACAUUAUCUGCAAUGCCAGCGUUGAAGAGGGCGGAUUUCCGAACAUCUGUCUCGCUCUGAUACGGCAGAAGGAAAUCCUGUUUUCUGGAAGACUUUUGAAUGUUAGUCCCAGGUCUUUAUAGAUUAUAUACAUACAUCGAAGCAACUCCUUCCGAAGCAACGCUUAUCCGCUUAAACAAAAAGACCCCGAGCUCUUAUCUUCAUGCACACUUGUAGCUGGGAGCCGAGCAGAUGAGAGCUUUGCCUCUUCGGAUUGUUGUGUGCGAGUCUGGCUAUUGUGGGGUGUGCAGCCACCGUCUGCUCCUAUUCUGUCACCCGGAGGAUCGGCGAGCAAGUCCAGCGGUCCCGCUCUGCACUGACGGAUGCUGAAAAAAUGGAAAGUGUCAGGUCGCGGCUUUUUACAGCGCUGGUGCUUUUCCUGUUGGUCACUCAGUGCCCCGGGGCUACCGAGGGAGCAAAGAAACGCCAAAGAUGCAAUGAACAGAUAGAGCUGUUGACGGAGACGGCCUGUACCUCCUGCGUGAUAAGCCAAAAUCUCUUAUGCCCUCGAGGCUUCCAGAAGAUCAAGCGAGGCUUUGGAAUUCAAGACUGCAGAUUUACUGUGGACUUGGGUGGCGAACAGCAAAUUUCACAAGCUGGUUGCAGACAUAUAUGUAAGAAGAAUGUUACAAUAUCCAAGUGUUGCAAAGGAUUUUGGAGCCAGGAUUGCCUAGAGUGCCCUGGAGGAUCAGUAAACCCUUGCAAUGGGCAUGGCACAUGUUUGGAUGGAAUAUCAGGGAAUGGAAGCUGCAUUUGCGAGCCUAAAUACAAAGGAAUUGCUUGUGAGGAGUGUAUGGAUGAUGAAGCGUAUGGCCCGAACUGCAUUGUGGGAUGCAAAUGUGUACAUGGAGUCUGCAGCAAUGGGAUUAAUGGCAAUGGAAGCUGCAUUUGUUUUUCUGGCUACACCGGGCCAGAAUGUGAUCAAGAGAUGCCUGCUUGCAAGACCCUGCAAUGUGGAAACAACACACAGUGCAUUGAAGAAAAGACAGGAAAGUUAACCUGUUCAUGUAUGCCUGGUUUUCAGGACAUUGCAGGAAUGUGUGUGGCAUUAAAUCCAUGUACUAUGAACAUCUGUGACGAGAAUGCAGAGUGUGAAUACUUUGGUGAAGGGAAAUACCAAUGUACCUGUCAUCCUGGUUACCAUGGAAAUGGAAAGCUGUGUUGGCCAGUUAACCCUUGCAGCAUAGACAAUGGUGGUUGCCCUGAAAAUUCUACCACCUGCAAGUAUGAGGGUCCAGGACAGUCAUCUUGCAAGUGCAAAGAUGGAUUCAUUGGCAACAAUCCUUCAGAAGGUUGCAGCCUGAGAGAAGUUUGCAAGCCAUCUCUCUGCAAUAAGACAGCAAAGUGCGUAACAGUAUCACCUGGAAACUUCAAGUGCGUCUGCAAACCAGGUCAGAUUGGAGAUGGACGGAAGUGCAUUGGUCCUCUAAGGGAAGUGAUCCAAAAACUAAUCCCCUACCAGUAUAGUACUGCACCAAUUACAAUGUUCGAUAAUGGAUGCUUAUUAACAUUAAGUAAAAUGGGGCCUUUUACAGUUUUUCUUCCUCUUGUCAAAAACCAAAAAAAGAUGGUAGGAGAGACAGACAAGUUUUCAUGCAAACAACAUAUUGUCCCUGGCGUUCUGCUGCUCAAGGACUUAAAGAACACUAAGACCUUUGAAACAUUGGCUGGCGAUACAGUUGAAGUGAUGCAGACAGAAAAGUACUUUCAGCUUCUAUUUCAAAACAAAACAUACAAUGUACUGAGAGGAGACAAAGUCGCAUCCAAUGGUGUCAUUCACAUCAUUGACCAGUUUCUAGCUGGAAGUUCUGAAGAUCUUGGAGAUCCACAGAAAACUGUUGCUGAUAUCCUUGCCAAUGGAGAGCUGUUCAGUAGAUUUGAAACUAUUCUUGAGAAUUGUGAUCUCCCUCUUAUACUGGAUGGUCCUGGACCUUACACUGUCUUUGUUCCAAGUAAUGAGGCAGUGGACAAGCUAAGAGAUGGAACUUUAUUCUAUAUGUUUGGUGAGGGUCGGCCAAAACUUCAAGAGCUAGUGAAACAUCAUAUCUUUGCAUCAGGCAAUUUACCAGUGGAUAGAUUAUCGACCAUGUCUCGAAUCUCAACGAAAGCCAACCAGAUAAUAUCCAUUAACGUCACCGCCAAUGGCCGGAUUUUGUUGGGUGAUGCAGGGGUUCCUUUACACAGAAGGGAUAUUAUUGCUUCCAAUGGCAUCAUUCACACUUUGAAUGGCAUCCUUAUUCCUCCUUCAAUAAUCCCCAUUUUGCCGAAAAGAUGUGAUGAAAUUCAGUAUCGCAUAAUAACGGCUCCCUGUGUCCAUUGCUCUUCACUGGAUAAUAGUCGCUGCCCAAAUGGAAGCACGCCAAUGGAAUCAUAUGAACAAGAUUGUUCAUAUCAUACAUCAGUAGACGAUUUUAUCUAUAGCAGAACCACUGGCUGUGCGAGACACUGCAACCAGACUGUUGUUAAACCAAGAUGCUGUAAAGGGUUCUACGGACCAGAUUGCAAAGCUUGUUUAGGUGGUUUCCAAAAUCCAUGUUAUGGACACGGAGAAUGUUCUGAUGGAAUAGAAGGAGAUGGUUCAUGCAAAUGCCAUUCAAACUUUAAAGGAAUUGCCUGUCAUAUUUGUUCUGGACACAAUAAACAUGGUGAAAACUGCACCCAAGACUGCCCUUGCUUGUAUGGGAUUUGUGAUAACAGACCUGAAAACUCUGGAAUUUGCCAGCCCGGCACAUGUAAAGAGGGAUUCACAGGUACAUUCUGUGACCAGAAGACCGAGUCUUGCGGCCCAAUUGGUUUAUCUCAGUAUUGCCAUGCAUUUGCUGUGUGCGAGUACAAUAAUGACACAGCCAGAUGCCUAUGUAAGGAUGGCUAUGAAGGUGAUGGAAUUUCCUGUCAAGUUGAGGAUCUUUGUAAAAAGCCGAAUCGUGGAGGAUGUGCUGAGAAUGCAGAAUGUUUAAGUCUAGGUCCUGGGAACGUAACCUGCCAAUGCAACACGGGAUGGACUGGAGAUGGGAAAGUCUGCACUGAAAUAAACGAAUGUUUAUUGACCACACGAGGUGGUUGUGAUGAAAAUGCUGACUGUCAGUAUAUUGGACCUGGACAGAGUCGCUGUGCAUGCAAGAGAGGAUUUGCUGGUGACGGCAAGAUGUGCUCUGCAAUUGAUCCAUGCCUAGAGGAGAAUGGUGGAUGCCAUGUAUUGGCUGAAUGUAAACCCACUGAGAAUGGAAACCGGAAGUGUAUCUGCCCUCAAGGCUAUGCUGGAGAUGGGAUUACGUGCUUUGGGGAUAUAUUAACAGAGCUGGCAUCCAGUGCAUACUUUUCAGGGUUUAAUAGCUGGCUCCAGAAAUCCGAAGAAAGAGUGGAAAUCCCUGCAGGAGCUAAUGUGACUGUUCUCGUGCCUUCAAAAGCAGCAAUAGACAACGUGGAUAAGGCUGAAAUAGAAUCUUGGGAACAAGAAGAUUAUCUGCCAAUGAUAGUAAAGUCACAUUUUAUUAUGGGUGGACUUACCAUUGAUGACUUAAAAGAGUUUGAAGGACAGAACUUAUCAACAAUGAACAUAUUUAUCAGGUUACCAAUCAAGAAUGAGAAUGGGAGUCUAAUCAUUGGUGGGGCAAGAAUUGUAACGCCUGAUAUCCCAGCAGUGAAUGGCUACAUCCAUAUUAUUGAUAAGAUCUUGAUUCCUCCUUUGGAAGAUUUGCCACUGCUUCCUCCUAGUUUGCUGGAACUUCUAGAACAGUUGCCUCAGUACUCUCAUUUCAAGCAGUUAUUACAGCAAUACCAUCUAAUUGAUGAACUAGAAUCCUCCAAACAGUAUACUGUAUUAAUACCGGAAGAUGCAGUACUCGAAGAGUACUACAGAGCUGAAAAUAUUGAACAGCUGGUGAAGUAUCAUAUUAUUCCUGGGGAGAAACUCCUGUAUGAUAAAAUCAAAGAUGGAAUUCAAAGAAGAACUAUGCUGGGAUCAUCGUAUCAAGUAAUAUUCUACAGGAGGAAAGGUCAGAUUUUUGUUAAUAAUGUACCAUUAAAUGAAUUUCACAAUGAGACAAGACAUGGGAUAUUGCUGGGAACAACUCAGGUCCUCCAAUUACAGAAGAAUAGAUGUGACACUAACGAGACUGUAAUUGUAGAGGGAAUUUGUGGCAGCUGUGAUCUUAACCCCAUAUGUCCUGAAGGGACUACCCUUACGGAAUUUCCUGGCCAAGUCAGAACACCAAACUGCAUUUAUAAACAAUUCAGAAAUGGCAAAAAUUUAAAGCGUAUUGGCUGCAGACCCAGCUGCAUGCAAGUAACAAUUACUGUAGAUUGCUGUUUCGGAUACUUUGGACCAAGGUGCCAGAUGUGCCCUGGAAAGCCAAAUGCCUGGUGCUCCAAAUACGGCAUCUGUCAGGAUGGUAUUAAUGGAACUGGAGAGUGUCUGUGCCAUGAAGGAUUUCAAGGCACCGCCUGUGAAUCUUGUGAAGCUGGAAGAUACGGAACAAAUUGCACACUUGAAUGCUUGUGUGUAAAUGGGAACUGCAAUGAUGGACUAGAUGGUGAUGGAAGCUGUAACUGUUUCAAAGGGUGGGAAGGUACAAAUUGCGAUAAAGAAAUUGUAAUUGAUCACUGCAAUGGAACAUGCCAUCCCAAAGCUAAUUGCAUUCUAGGGUCACCUGGCUCUCUGCCCUCUUGCUUAUGCACUGCUGGUUACUCUGGAAACGGAACUUACUGCUCAGAAAUCAAUCCCUGUGAGAUUAAAAAUGGCGGCUGUUCAGAGUAUUCCAACUGCACCAAAGUUUCUGCAGGAGAGAGAACAUGUACCUGUUGGGACGGUUAUGUCGGGGAUGGACUCAUCUGUUUAGAAAUUGAUGGGUGUGCAGAACAAAAUGGAGGUUGUCAUAAAAAUGCAGAAUGCACCAAAACUGGACCAAAUCUGGUUGCGUGCAACUGUCUCUCAGGUUACAUCGGAGAUGGCAGGAACUCUUGUGAACCUGACAACCCUUGCAGGAAGAACAAUGGAGGCUGUGGUUUAUUCGCUCAUUGCCGAGAAACAGGACCAGGUACUCGAACAUGCAGCUGUUAUCGUGGCUACAAAAAGGUUGGACUCUCAUGCAGAGGUGAUAUCUUUCAGGAACUUGCCCGAGAACCAACAUUUGUUGCCUUCCACAGAUACCUUCAGAGGAACUCCAUCAAUGACCUUAAAGGAACUGGGCCGUUCACUGUGUUUGUGCCAAAACAGGAUGCACUUUCUCAAAACACGACAGAAAAAUGGGAGUCAAGUGGUUUGAUAAAAGACCUGCUUCGCUAUCACAUAGUAGGCUGUGAAGACCUGUCAGAUUUUGAACUAAAGGAGCAGACUACGCUAGUUGCUUUAUCUGGGAAUGUCAUUCAGAUCUCCUCAAAAGAGGAUGCAAUUUAUUUGAAUGGAGAUGCACAAAUCAUUACAGCAAACUACAUUGCAGCAAAUGGGAUUAUUCAUUACAUCAGCAAAGUCUUGGUUCCAUUCAAAUUGGAGUCUAACAUGCGAAUAUCCACUUCAUCUCUGUCUAGUUUCAGCACUGUUGCAAGUGAAAAUGGAUACAAAAUAUUUAGUAAUUUAAUUAAGGAAACAAAUCUGCUUCCUCUAAUAGAAGAUCCAAUUCACAAGCCAUUCACAAUGAUGUGGCCAGCGGACGAAGUGUUUCAUUCUCUUCCUAAAGAGAGGCAGGAUUGGCUUUUUAGUAAAAAGAACAGACACAAUCUUGUAGCAUACUUAAAAUUCCACAUGAUCAGGGAUUCAAAGACUUUAGCAGCAGAUCUUCCACUUAAUACUGCCAAGAGAACAAUGCAAGGAUCGACGAUUUUAGUCAGAUGCAGCCGUGCUCAAAUUGGGGAUUUGAUUGUCAAUGAUGGAAGCACUCGGAUUUUUCAAAGACAUCUGGAAUUUGAUGGUGGAAUUGCAUAUGGCAUCAAUAACCUCUUGGAACCUCCACAUGUAGGAGCUCGGUGUGACGCACUUACAAUGCACCCUGCUGUUGGUAAAUGUGGUAGCUGUUUGGAGCCUCCUUUUUGUCCUCCUGGAUCUAAACCUCAGGAUGGUGCAGAUUACCAAUUGUGCUAUUACAGAAAACUCAGCUUGGAUCAAAUUUUGCCUCACAUUUUUGGCUUCUACAGCAAAUGGCGAGAAAACCUGGAAUAUCCUUACAGCAUGGCACGAGAAACUUGGCAUCAUUCAGGUCAAACUGCUCUCAUACGUGGCUGCAGCAGACAAUGUGUUAAUCCUUUAUGGAUUCCCCAGUGUUGUAAAAAUCAUUAUGGCCCUCAUUGCCAAGUGUGUCCUGGAGGAAUAGACAACCCUUGUAACUUUCAUGGAACGUGUAGUGAAGGAAGACGUGGAAAUGGAACAUGCCAGUGCUCAAUAGGGUUCAGGGGAACAGCCUGUGAACUGUGUGAAUCAGGAAGAUAUGGAUCAGACUGCAAAAAAUGUAACUGCACAGAAAAUGGAAAGUGUGAUGAAGGAAUUUCUGGUGAUGGAACCUGUUUCUGUAAAGAAGGUUGGACUGGAAAAUACUGUGAAUCACAAUCUGAUGCAGUCCCAGCAUGUUUCCCAAAGUGUGAUAGCAAUGCUGUUUGCAGAAGAGACAACAAUUGUGAGUGUAAUCCAUACUAUGAAGGCGAUGGAAGAAAUUGCACAGUGGUUAACCGUUGCAAGGACAAUAAUGGAGAUUGCCAUCAUCACGCUGUUUGCACUCAAGAAGGAAUUAACGUUACCUGUACCUGUCAACCAGACUACGAGGGAGAUGGCAAUGUCUGCACACCUAAGGACAGGUGUCUCGAUGGCAGAAAUGGCGGUUGCCAUGAGCAUGCAAUAUGUUUCUUCAUUGGUCCAAACAAACGAAGGUGUGAAUGCAAACAAGGAUUCCGAGGAGAUGGCAUCCAGUGUCUGUUAAAUGUGAAGCCUCCUGUAGAUCGUUGCCUUGAAAUGGAUGAUCAAUGCCACCGUAAUGCGUUCUGCAAGGAUCUUCACUUCCAUGAUAAAACAGCUGGAGUGUUCCAUUUGCAAUCACCCAAUGGGAAAUACAAGUUUACAUUUGAAGAUGCAGCUGCUGCCUGCAAUGCAGAGGGUGCCACAUUGGCAAGUUUUGACCAACUUGCUACUGCUCAGCAGUUUGGCUAUCACCUCUGUAUAAUCGGAUGGAUGGCUGAGAAUAAGGCAGGGUAUCCCAUAACCCACUUAAACCCUAACUGUGGUUAUGGCAACAUCGGGGUCUUUGAUUAUGGCGUGAGGGCAAAUCUCAGUGAACUGUGGGAUGCUUACUGCUUUAGAAAGCAAGAUAUUCAAUGUGUAUGUAAAGAAGACUUUGUAGGUGAUGGCUAUUCCUGCAAUGGGAACCUAAUGAAUGUGAUCUCCAGUCACUCCAAUUUUUCAAUCUUUUAUUCUAAAUUGUUGGACUAUGCCCAAGCGACUGAAAAAGGAGCAGAAUUCCUAGAGUUCCUGUCAGACAAGACAACUAAUGAAACAUUGUUUAUUCCCUUAGACUCGGGCCUGGAAGAAAGUGAGACCUUAUCAUGGAGCGAUCUUGAAAAUCACAUCCACAGGAACAAUAGAUAUGAUCUUCAUAUUGAUGAAGUUGCACCUGUAAAUAACACUCUCCUUGAGGGUUCAAAGUUGGUGAAUGGCAUUCUUAUUUUGAAAUGGGAUAUAAUUGACAAUGGAAUUAUUCAUGCCAUAAAAGGACCUCUAAUGACUCACGUGCGGACAGGCACAGAAGCUGGGCUCUAUGCCAUUGUUGAUGCUUUCUCUGAAGCAUGUAAGAGGAUGGGCAUUACACUCAACAUCUGCAAGACAGAGGUUCUCUCCCACAUUGUCCUCAACAAUAAAGGUUCAAAGCAUGACUGGAAAAUGUGGACAACUGCUCGCAUCUCUGGAAGCACCUCUUGGUAA